AUGUUAAACGGGGGCUCGAAUCCUCCGUUUGUGCUCCUUGAAAACGAAGCCAUCAGAUGCAAAACACCUUCCAACCGCACCAUAUUGGAGAUUCAUCCCAUGGGUAAUUCAGCCUCAUCUCGCGUGUUGGCUGCCUCCGGUAACGUUUACUUGUCAAACAAGCGGCUUGUGAUGAUCUGCUCUUCUGCUGAAAGUAAUGAUUUUAAAUCAUUCCAGGUUUUGUAUCCGCAGGUAAAGUCAUUCAAGUUAGAGAGCCCGUGGUUUGGUGUGAACAAGUGGCGGGGGUUGUUUAGCUGUCUGGACCAUGAGACUGGGUUGUUGAAAGGGACAGAUUACGAGAUCGUUAUCAAGUUUACUGAAGGAGGGGUGGUGGACUUCACUACCGUGUUCAAUAAGGCAUGGAAUGACCAUGUCGUGAACAAGGAUAUCGACGAUGACUUGCCAAGAUAUUCAGUGGUAUAG